AACGUUCUAGCCAUCCUUUGCUGGCCACCAAAUCAUCUGUUUUUGUUAUUUCCUUAUAAAAAAACUUAGCUUUCAUGGCCAACAUGGGUCCUGAAAUUGGUGCAUGCCUUUUUCUUUCCUGAAGAAAUACAUGUACAAAGCUUCUUCCACUUCUGGAUGUUCAGCUUUCUUGAGUGUCUGUCUCUUGCCUGGCCCGCAGUCAGUAGUUGACACGAAUUUCUUGAUCUUCUCGUGGUUUCUUUUAAUGUCAUAAUUUUCACUUCAUUGCGUUUCAUUGCGAUUUAAGCGGUCUAAAAUAUCA